GUAUUCACCACUUCUUGCUAUCUCAGACGUCUAGCAGCAACGCGCGUACGUGUGGUGCCCUCGGGGGAGCUUAAACUUGCACCCGUAACACAACUUCGUCCUAUUUCCUUGCAUUCAUGUCGAUUUUCGAGCUCCCCGCGCAGAUGUGCCGAACAGAAUCCAACUUCGCCGAUAUCACAAACAAUUGUGCAUAAUGGACCUCUUGCACGAACGUUUCGAUCGCUGAAGAUAUUCUCGCUUUCUUCUCUGGGACUUGCUACAGCCUUGACGCCCUUCAUGUUUGUUAUUGAAACGUCAUUGCCCUUCGUCGCACGUAUCGCACUUGCAUCGACCGCGAUGCUGACAAGUUCAGUAUCUACAGCUCUUGUUGGCUGGUGUGGUCAUCCGUACGUCUCUACGAUUCGGACUCUCUCAGAGCAGCACCAAUCGGACAGCGCAGAGGCGAAGGUUAAUGGGAUCCAACUUGAGACACUCACGCUGACUUUACGCCCACGUUAUACGAACGUCUACGAUACAGCAUUUUUGACGGAAACGCGUCGUCCGUUUGCGAAAUGGGAGCUGGCAAAGUGUAUAACCCUCGAAAAACCGGUAUUGGGCACACCCUCGGAAGAAACAGUGGCCGAGACGCUGGACGCACAAGGAAGAGUUUUGGGUCGAUGGAUCGUGUUUUGGAAUGACGACCGCACGCGGGGAACGUGUUGGGGUGAAGGGAAGGUACAGAGGUUCUUCAAUGUACACGAGGAGAUUCUUCCUCCCUUUAUUAGAUGAUAUAUUUGAUCUCCGGCCAAUGCCUUACUUCACAUGAAUAGAGUCAUUU